UGCAGUUAGCAGACGGUCGUAACGACGUCACUCCAAUGCAGCAGACGGGACCUCGACAAACAUGGCUGCCGCGGUUUUGGGGACCGUCUUGAGAAAAUCAGCAGGUUUUCCGUCAACUGGAAAUAUCCUACUUAAAUAUGGAGCUCCGCUUAACUUUGCGAAUCGAAAGAGAGAUGCUCAUCAGUGGUGUCCUGAUGCGGAAUACCUGAAAAAAUUUAGUGGGCCUGUGAUGUAUCCAGAUGAGUUUACAUCGCAAUAUCCGUUGACCUUUAGGGACACGCUUACACCUCCCUUAGAAAAAUCAGUACAGAAUAUGUUCCUGAAUUUUGGACCACAACAUCCAGCCGCUCACGGUGUCUUGCGUCUAGUUCUCGAGCUGGAUGGAGAAGUCGUGGUCAGGUCUGAUCCUCAUAUCGGACUUUUGCAUCGUGGAACUGAAAAAUUAAUUGAAUACAAGACCUAUACUCAGGCGUUGCCUUAUUUUGAUCGACUCGAUUAUGUGUCAAUGAUGUGCAACGAACAAUGCUAUUCACUAGCUGUUGAAAAAUUGCUUAACAUCGAUGUUCCGCUUCGUGCCAAAUAUAUACGCGUUCUCUUUGCUGAAAUCACACGUAUUUUGAAUCACAUCAUGGCUAUUGGUACACAUGCACUGGAUGUUGGAGCUCUCACGCCUUUCUUUUGGCUGUUCGAGGAGCGGGAGAAGCUGAUGGAAUUUUACGAACGUGUGAGCGGUGCUCGUAUGCAUGCAGCCUAUAUUAGACCAGGCGGAGUCGCUCUUGAUAUGCCAUUAGGCUUGUUGGAUGACAUCUACGACUUCAGUUCUAAAUUCUCACAACGCUUAGAUGAGGUGGAGGAUCUUUUAACGGAAAAUAGGAUCUGGACCGCGCGUACUAUAGAUGUUGGGGUAGUCUCGUACGAAGAUGCACUGAAUUGGGGAUUCAGUGGUGUCAUGUUACGGGGCUCUGGAAUAAAGUGGGAUUUGAGAAAGGCCCAACCAUAUGACGCUUAUCAUUUGGUCGACUUUGACGUGCCAAUCGGAACAAAAGGAGAUUGUUUUGAUAGAUAUCUCUGCCGUGUUGAGGAGAUGCGGCAGUCGCUGCGCAUCAUUCACCAGUGUUUGAACCAGAUGCCACCUGGUGAAAUUCGUACAGACGAUGCUAAAAUAGCACCCCCAGCUCGUGCCGAAAUGAAAUCUAGCAUGGAGGCACUCAUUCAUCAUUUCAAGCUCUUCAGCCAGGGUUACCAGGUACCUCCGGGUGCCACCUACACAGCUAUCGAGGCCCCUAAGGGAGAGUUUGGCGUGUAUCUCGUCAGCGAUGGAAGUUCCAAGCCCUACCGCUGCAAGAUCAAAGCUCCUGGUUUUGCUCAUUUAUCAGCGCUGGACAUGAUCGGAAGAAAGCACAUGCUGGCGGAUAUUGUAGCCAUCAUCGGUACCCUAGAUGUAGUAUUCGGCGAAAUUGAUCGAUGAGUCCACUUGAGUUGUAUAUAGUUCGAUACAGUGGACGAGUAAUUUAUGUAUUUGGAAAAUUACCAGUAACUAAAUCCAUGAAUUAAAAAAAGAAAAAACCGAUCAUGUUUUUUGUAGGUAAAUGA